AUGGAUGUAGAUAGCGAAAUUCCACCACCUCUCCCAGACGAUCCUCGCAGCCAAUUUCUCUGUCUAACGAUUCUCGGCUAUCGCAAACAGAGUCUCUCUGAAGAAGAGUAUAGGCAUUAUAUGACGCAAGUUUCAGCCUCUUUGACGCGGGAUCUCAUGGUCAAGUACGGUAUCAAGCGGUGGACAAUGGUUCACAACACAUCGCAGACCCGUCAGCUUAUGAGUCUCUUAAUGGAUCCACAAAUGGCCAAUGUGGCCGACUACGAUUGUUUCAGCCAAGUCGUGUUCAAGGAUAUCAAUGACUACAAGAAAAUGAAAGAAGACCGGUGGUACAAGGAACACUUAGUUGGAGACCAUGAAAAAUUCGCCGAUACAACGAGAAGCAAGAUGACGAUUGGAUGGAUCACAGAGAUUAUCAAGGAUGGGAAGGUCGUUGAGUCGGUGCAAGGAUAG